AUAUAUAUAUAUAUAGAUUCUAUUGCAAAUGGUAUGCAUUAUUUGUUGUCCGUAAAUGUGUUUUUUGAAGACAUUAUAUUAGUGUAUUGCAUGAGUUGUCUGUCAUUAUACAUAUUUACAAUUAACAAUAAGGAUGCGUUACUCUUUGAUGGAUAAAUUUAUUAUGAAAAAUGAGGGAUAACAAAAGUUUAUACCUUUAAAUGCCUUUUUCUUUAUUCAUAGAGGGAUAAUAUUAUCCGUCCUUAAAGUGAAAAUAAGAAAGAAAAAAUGAUGAACUUCUCUUUUGUAUAAAAUGUGAGAAAAGAAAGGAGGUAUUUAAAGGCAUAAAUUUUGUUAUCCCUUAUUUUCUUAUGAUAAAUUUAUCCACCAACGUAAACGCACCAUAAAUAGAAAAUGUGAAUUAAUGUAAUAUCCAUUGUUGAGGUAUUAUUGGCGGAGUAAUAGAUAGAUUCGAAUUUCGCAAACUCGGCACCGUGAAAAUGCUGGUGCAGCUACUUCAUCGGCUGCUCAGUCCCAAUUUCUCAUCACUCCGCAACUUCCCAUCUCCAAACCCUCACAAGACUCCACCAUUUUCUGUUUCACUCCGCGCCUCCAUUUCCCAGAAGGCUAACCCCCAAUCCUCCUCCGCCCCCAGUCUCCCAAAACCGGAGGCGGCCUCUGAAGCCUCUCGGUUCGCGCGGACCGUGCUAUUUGUGCCGCCUGGAGUCCAGCCGGAUGAAAUCACGGAAGAAAAGGUCCUCCCAGGCUCGAACAUCGUGCUGGGACCCUACGCUGGUGACGCCAAAAUCAAGGAGGUGAAUUUCGUGAAGAGCAGCAGCCGCCCCAAGGAGUGCCCUAGAGACGACCGGCCAGAAUUCGCCAUGCUCGGCCGCUCCAACGUAGGGAAGUCUUCACUUAUUAACUCCUUGGUUCGCAAAAAGGAAGUUGCCCUCACUUCUAAGAAGCCAGGGAAGACUCAGUUGAUCAAUCAUUUCUUGGUGAAUAAAAGUUGGUACAUUGUGGAUUUGCCCGGAUACGGAUUUGCCAACGCCCCGGAGUCUGCUAGAAUGGAUUGGUCGUCAUUUACUAAAGGUUACUUUUUGAAUCGUGAUACCCUGGUCUCUGUUCUCCUUCUGGUUGAUGCAAGUGUUCCGCCUCAGAAAAUUGAUCUUGAUUGUGCAAAUUGGCUUGGACGAAACAAUAUACCUAUGACUUUUGUUUUCACAAAGUGUGAUAAAACAAAAGGAGGCAAAGCUAAAAGGCCUGAUGAGAACAUCAGAGAUUUUCAACAGCUGAUCAGAGAAAGCUAUCGCGAACACCCUCCAUGGAUCAUGACGAGCAGUGUGACAGGGUUAGGCAGAGAUGAGCUUCUACUGCACAUGUCGCAGCUUAGAAACUAUUGGGAUCAGGAGUAAGGUAUUGGGACCUGCCAUUUUUGUCUCUACUGAAUCUUCAUACGUUGUAAAUUGUUAUGCCACUCUUUUAAACUCCAUUAAGCUGGAAAACUGCUUCACUAAUAUUAUUUGUCAUACAUCUAACUUGAGCUGCUGGGUGCCUUUUA